GGUGCUCUGUGUCCCUCGGAUACAGCGGAUCACCGAUCCACGAAAAGAGCCGAAGAUGUCGGUUCGGUCAUGUGAUCAGCUGUGUCCAAUCACAGCUGAUCACAUAAGUGCCACCUGUCAGUGUCCAUCAGUGCCAGCUGUCAGUGCUGAACAGUGCCAUGUGCCAGUGCCCAUCAGUGCCACAUCAAUGCCACAUAUCAGUGCCUACCAGUGCACAUCAAUGCCACAUAUCAGUGCCCAUCUGAGCUGCCCUUCAGUGUCACCUAUCAAUGCCAAUCAGUGCCACCUAUCAGUGCUGCCAAUCAGUGCCACCUAUCAGUGCCAGUCAGUUACGUCUAUCAGUGCGCAUCAGUGCCGCCUAUCAGUGCGCAUCAGUGCCGCCUAUCAGUGCCAGUCAGUGCCACCUAACAGUGCCAGUCAGUGCCACCUAACAGUGCCAGUCAGUGCCACCUAACAGUG